AUGUUGAAAGUCUUCAUUAUGUGGUACAACAAAGGAGCUUUAUCGCCGUUGAUUGAUAUGAUUGUGAAAGAUUGGAUAAAAGUGAAAAUGGAAGAAGAACGAAUCGUCAUGCUAAAACAAGCCAAAAUCACUCGCUCGCUUGCUAUUUGUGGAGUACUUAUGAUACUUUCCACAUUGGUGAUAACCUUCGGCGCUUUCCUUUUUGGCAAAACACUUAGACACGUAACGAAUUUUACCGAUCCGGUUGGAAAGCAUUUGCCAAUCCAAACAUACUAUCCGCACGAUGUAUCUAAUAGCCCGAAUUUUGAAUUAACAUAUUUGAUACAAGUAAUCGGGCUAACUACAUCUGGUCUGUCUUAUACUGCAGUCGACAACUUCCUUGGAUUUCUGAUCUUACAUAUAUGCGGCCAGAUGGAGAAUCUACAUCUGCGACUUUUGAAUUUGGGAAAGAAUUCAAAUUUCAAAGCGCUUUUAAAGCACAACGUGAAAGACCAUAUUCGCUUGAUCAGAUCUAUAGAAACUAUUGAUAACACAUUCAAUUUAAUGCUGCUCGGUCUGUUAUUCUUUUUUGGUAUACUGUUUUGUUUUGAUGGAUUCCUAAUAAUUAACAUUGUUGAGCGAGGUGGUUACUUGUCAUUCAUGCAAUUGAUUUGGUACAUGUCCGCCACUAUAUGUGUUUUAAUGCAUACGUGUCUUUAUUGUGCGGUCGGUGAACUUCUCGUGACGCAAUCUGAAAAAAUACAUCGCGCCACAUACGAAUACGUAUGGUAUACUCUGGAGCCAAAAGCAGCAAGAAACCUGACAUUAAUUAUGCUAAGCACAAAGAAACCAGUCAAUAUUACAGCGGGAAAAACAUUUCCGAUGACAAUGUCCACGUUCUGCAACUUGCUAAAAACAUCGGCGGGCUAUGUAUCGGUGUUGCUUGCCAAUGCCAAUCGAGAUUAACGAUACAAUUAGAGGAUAAAUUAGUAUAUAGUUAAUUGUUCAGUAUGCAUCAUUGAUAUAAAAUUAAAAAUAAUAUCUUUACAUAAGUAUACUUUGCAAAAUACGAUGUAUAUUGAAAUUAUGUAAAAUAUUGAAAAUAUAUUUUCUUUAUA